GCAGCAAGCGAUACACAGGCUGCCUCUCGCGUUGUAGUUUAUCUCCUUUUUCUAAACGUCAUUAUUCAGCAAUCCAGGGAACGCCAUGCCUCUUCCAGACACAAUGUUCUGUGCCCAGCAAAUCGACAUCGCCCAAGAGCUGCCAGACAUCCUGAAAAACUUCACCAAGGCAGCCGUCCGUACGCAGCCCGAGGACCUGCUGCUGUGGUCUGCGGCAUACUUUACUGCGCUGUCUAAAGGAGAGCGUCUGCCUGUGAAGGAUCGACUGGAGCUGAAUGUCACAAAUAAGAUGGACAGCGCGAUGACUCCUGGUCUGCUAAAAACUCUCCAUAAACAGCUAUCCAUCAGGGAGACGUGCAGCGAGGAGGAACUGCGGGAGAAGUGGAGGGGUCUGUGUCUACCCACGGAUCAGCUGGAGACCCUGCUGUCGCUGGGCAGUUUUGGCUCAGACAUCGAUUGGAUGGAGUUUUUUGCCCUGGGCUGCAGUUCUCUGGGAGAGACGCUCAUAAGUUCCCUCAAGGUUGCUUGCGAGCUGCUGACGGAGGACGAGGAGGGCGGUCCUGCCAGGAUCCCGUUCGACAUUUUUGUCAAACUCUACACCUACCUGGCUCACCUGGAGGGGGACAUGCCACAGGAUCACACACAACCCGCAUCAGCUGGCGGCCUCUCUGCGGGCGGAUGCAACACAGUGAAAUGUGCAAUUUUCAUUUGA